AUCAAUCAUCGACAAAUUCGCAGAUCAUCCUCACCAAAGCCUCAACCUCAACACAGUGAGUGUGUCUUCUAUAUAUCAUACAGUGUCUGUAUUUUCUCUGACAAUCUUAAAAAUACUUAAUCUAAAAAAUAAAUUAAAAAAUUUGCAGGACAUGUUUUUGUAACAGACUUUGCAGGAACUAUCAUCUUAUCUCUAUCCUGAGACAAGUAGCGUCAACUUUAGUCAAACUUAAAUGUUUCCUUCUUUCUCAGUGGCUAUGAUUGGCGCCCCAGUGUCCGCCCUCUGUCUGCUGUUCCUGCUAUCUGUAUGCACUGCCUGCUACAUCUCCAACUGCCCCAUAGGAGGCAAGAGAUCAGCACUAGACUUCCCAUCCAGAAAGGUACCAAGUAAAAAUCUAAUCAGUUCCACUUUGUUAUUGUCUAUUGUUACUGUAUGUCUGUUAUAGACUUAGAUUCCUGGCUGCCAUAUAGGCUUGCAUCUUAGCUUUUUUUUACACUCCAAAAACACACUUAUACAAACAACAAAUUACAGACACACAAUGACUAAUCUGCCCAGACCCGCAUGCUCAGUAGUGCCUGCAUUAUUGUUUGUCACUUGGCCUUAAAUUGUACCAAUUUGUUUUUCCUCAGUCGCCCAUGCUAUUUCAAUAAAAUUGAUUGAUUUUCAAGUUUUUAGUAUACGUUUUGUCAAGCCCAUUGGGUAUCUCACUACACCCCAAUAACUUACUACAUUUGCACACACUGUAUAUAUAUUUUCUGUUGUAUUUUUGACUUUAUGUUUUGUUUACCCCAUAUGUAACUCUGUGUUGUUGUUUUUAUCGCACUGCUUUGCUUUAUCUUGGCCAGGUCGCAGUUGUAAAUGAGAACUUGUUCUCAACUGGCUUACCUGGUUAAAUAAUGGUUAAAUAAAUAAAUAAAUAUUGUACCGUUAUGAAAAAAAUAAAAUGUUAUAUAAAUAUAUCACUUUUAUCUAUAACAACAAUGUAACUUUCUGCUUCCUAUUAUCUUUCCAGUGCAUGUCAUGUGGCCCCGGGGACAGGGGCCGCUGCUUUGGCCCUAAUAUCUGCUGUGGGGAGGGGAUGGGCUGCUACGUGGGCUCCCCAGAGGCAGCUGGUUGUGUGGAGGAGAAUUACCUGCCCUCCCCCUGUGAGGCCGGAGGAAGAGUGUGUGGCUCUGAGGAGGGACGGUGUGCUGCACCCGGGGUCUGCUGUGACGUGGGUAAGACAAAGACUAUACUCCUGUUUUCCUGUAUAGCAAAUGUUUCUGUUCAUACUGACUGAUUCUGCAAAGGAGCAAAACGCCUUGCAUGCAGUAGGGUUUGUUUUUCUCUGGAUUGCUGGUUGUGGCAAUUUCAGAAGACUAUUUAAUUGUUAAUAGCAUGUGCCAAGCUCUUGUGGUAUUGAAUACUUUGUCAUUGUCAGCUACCAAACUAUUUGUUCCAAGAUCACUUAAGAGUUUAAGAAUACAUGUGGUGAUGUGUAGCCAUUAGCCAAUGGUAAUAAUGUAAUAAUUAAAUGUAUUACUUGUUGUGAGUUCAUAUGGAUUCAGUUUUAUAUUACAGUUGUGUGACAGAUUGUCUAUUUUUGUAUUUUCUCUUUUAGAGGGUUGUAGUAUUGACCAAUCCUGUUUCGAGAAGGAUGAAGCCGAAUACAUAAGCCAAUCAGUGAGCAGUAGCCAUGGCCACGAUCUGCUGAUGAAGCUUCUACACAUGAUUAGCCACACCCCUCCCCACAGAGUCCACCAAUAAAACAGCCUCUACAGGUAUUCAGGGGCAGUCCUGAGUUGAAAAACAGUGUAAAAAAUCUGUAACGUCUCAAUGUCAGAGGCAUAGCUAUGUACAUACAUUUUGUACAGAAGACAGAUAUAGACGUAAAGAAUUCGUUUUUGCUUGUAACUGCUUGUGUAAUCGCUUGUGCUUCAAGAGUCAAAUAAAAAUUACUGUACAAAAACAA